AUGCCGCCGCGGCGCAGCAUCGUGGAGGUGAAGGUGCUGGACGUGCAGAAGCGGCGGGUGCCCAACAAGCAUUAUGUCUAUAUCAUCCGGGUCACGUGGUCCAGUGGCUCCACAGAGGCCAUUUACCGGCGCUACAGCAAGUUCUUUGACCUCCAGAUGCAGAUGUUGGACAAAUUUCCCAUGGAAGGAGGACAGAAGGAUCCCAAACAGCGGAUCAUUCCCUUUCUGCCAGGCAAAAUUCUCUUCCGAAGAAGCCACAUCCGGGAUGUUGCUGUCAAACGCCUGAUCCCAAUUGAUGAAUACUGUAAGGCCCUGAUCCAGCUGCCCCCCUAUAUCUCUCAGUGUGACGAGGUGCUGCAGUUCUUUGAGACAAGACCCGAAGACCUGAAUCCCCCCAAAGAGGAGCAUGUUGGGAAAAAGAAAUCUGGGGGUGACCUGACCUCAGUGGACCCCAUGGUACUGGAACAGUAUGUGGUGGUGGCAGACUACCAGAAGCAGGAGAGCUCGGAGAUCAGCCUCAGCGUGGGGCAGGUGGUGGACAUCAUCGAGAAGAACGAGUCAGGUUGGUGGUUUGUCAGCACGGCUGAAGAGCAAGGCUGGGUCCCCGCAACCUGCCUGGAAGGGCAGGAUGGUAUGCAGGAUGAGUUUUCACUACAGCCUGAAGAAGAGGAGAAGUACACAGUCAUCUACCCGUACACAGCUCGCGACCAGGAUGAAAUGAAUCUAGAGCGAGGGGCUGUGGUGGAGGUGAUCCAGAAGAACCUGGAAGGCUGGUGGAAGAUCAGGUACCAGGGCAAAGAGGGCUGGGCCCCAGCCUCCUACCUAAAGAAGAGCAGUGGGGAGCCCUCACCCCCGAAGCUGGGCCCCGGCUCGUCCGCCCACACUGGCGUUCUCGACCUGGACGGAGUUUCCCGGCAGCAGAGCACGGUGGGCAGGGAGAGAGAGCUGCUCAACAACCAGAGGGACGGCCGGUUUGAAGGCCGUCCGGGGCCCGACAGCGACAUCAAGCAGAGAUCGCCCAAGAUGAGGCAGAGACCCCCUCCUCGCCGAGAUAUGACCAUACCUCGAGGUCUUAACCUGCCCAAGCCUCCCGUUCCACCCCAAGUGGAGGAAGAGUAUUACACUAUUGCUGAGUUCCAGACAACCAUCCCUGAUGGCAUCAGCUUCCAGGCGGGUCUGAAGGUCGAGGUGAUCGAGAAGAACUUGAGUGGCUGGUGGUACAUUCAGAUCGAAGAUAAAGAAGGGUGGGCCCCAGCCACCUUCAUUGACAAGUAUAAGAAGACAAGCAAUGCCUCAAGACCCAACUUCCUGGCUCCCUUGCCCAACGAGGUGACCCAGCUCCGUCUGGGGGAUGCAGCAGCAGCAGAGAACAACACGGGCAGUGAAGCCGUCGGCCCCUCCCGGCCCCUGCCCGACGCGCCACAUGGUACCGCGGACUCCGGGAUACCGUGGUCCAAAGACUGGAAGGGCGGCAAGGAGGUCCUGAGGAAGGCGUCUUCCGACAUGUCCUCGUGCGCAGGCUACGAAGAGAUCUCAAGCCCCGACCUGGAGGAGAAGCCCAGCCUCCCUCCCCGGAAAGAAUCCAUCGUCAAGUCGGAAGGGGAGCUGCAGGAGAGGGGGCGGCAGAGGAUGGAACAGCUCCGGGGCUCCUCACCCAAGCCUCCGGGCAUGAUUUUGCCCAUGAUUCCAGCCAAACACACCCCCCCGUCCCGAGACAGCAGGAGACCAGAGCCCAAACCUGACAAAAGCAAGUUGUUCCAGCUGAAAAACGAGAUGGGGCUGGAGUGUGGCCACAAGGUCUUGGCCAAGGAAGUGAAGAAGCCCAACCUCCGACCCAUCUCCAGACCCAAAGCUGAGCCACCAGAGGAGAAGCCGGAAGUUGUUCCCCAGAAUCCCUUCUUGAAGUCCAAACCUCAGGUUAGGCCCAAACCAACUCCUUCCCCCAGGACAGAGCCACCUCAGGGCGAAGACCAAGUAGACAUCUGCAACCUCAGGAGCAAGCUGAGGCCUGCCAAGUCCCAAGAGAAACCCCUACUAGAUGGAGAGAGCGGCCACCAGCCUGCUGGGGGCCAAGAUGCAGCCUUCAGCCGGGGCUUCCUCCCAGGCGACGGGCCUGGCCGCACCCAGGACAGGACGGCCAAACAGGAUGGGCUCAGCCCAAAGGAGAUGUCCUGCAGAGCCCCUCCGAGGCCAGCCAAGACCGCAGAUCCUGUGCCUAAGAGUGUGCCCGCCCCACUGCAGGAGGCUUCCCCGCAGAGACCCGUGGUCCUGCCCCGCAGACCACCGCCCCCCAAGAAAACCACCUCAUCCUCCAGGCCCCUCCCAGAGGUCAGAGGACCACAACGGGAAGCCAACGAAGGCAAGACAGCUCCUGCCCCAGGCCGGGCCCUGCUGGUCCCUCCUAAAGCCAAACCUUUCCUUUCCAAUUCCUCAGGUGGCCAAGACGACAUGAGAGGCAAAGGUGGUCCGGGACCACGGAUGGCGGGCAAGAUGGGAGAAAACAGGGAGAAAGUAGCCGCAACCCCCCUCCCCAAUGCGGAUGGCCCGAAGGACUCUUUAUAUGUGGCUGUGGCCAACUUUGAAGGAGACGAAGAUACCAGCAGCUUCCAGGAGGGGACGGUGUUCGAGGUCCGGGAAAAGAACAGCAGUGGCUGGUGGUUCUGCCAGGUCCUGAGCGGGGCCCCUUCCUGGGAAGGGUGGAUUCCUUCCAACUAUCUCAGAAAGAAGCCGUAGCCACCUCCUUCCCUGUGUGGCGGUCCCGUGCAUCCCUGCUGGCUUUACCCACAUAUUUAAUAUGCCUCUUAAUUUAUCAACCUUCAUGCAGCUUCAAAGGAAGGAAGGCUCUGGAGUACUGUGGUUUCUUCCCUCCCAUCACAGCAUUCCCUGGAGGCUCAGAGGGUCAGAGGCCACACCCCCUGCUUCCUCUCCAAGCCAGCAUCCCUGCCUUAAGGCCGGUGGCAUUGCCACCCUGUGUAGGCCACCUAGCAGCGGGACCGUGACUCUCCGACGCCUCCAAGACCAGAACCCAUGAUCUGGAAACUGAAGAAAGGGUCUCUCAUUGCUGGCACCCCACCCAGUCCGUGAUGGCUGGCCCCCAACUUCUCCGUGUUUCUAAAAUCCCAGUGACUUUAUUUACUCAGUUUCCAAAAUGCCUGGUACCAGAAAGAACUCCAUCCCCUGGAAGUUGGCUCCAUUGCCAAUCCCAAGGAGAUGUCCUCCUCGAGGCUCGGGGCCCGGGAGCCUCUCAGGUUUGACCAGAUGCAGCUGUCCCAGGAGUGGACCUGAAGGUCUGCUGAGCCAUUCUGCCUCCCAUCUUCUGUCUUGGGACCCUGACUGAUCCUGAGGGCAUGGUCCCAGCCCCAGCACGCUUCACUUUCCCACAGCAGGGCUUUUUAAAUAGGAAUCCCCACCCCACCAUGGGACAUUUCACUUUGUCUCCAUAGAGCAAGAAUCUCAAAGUCGGUUUGAAAGGAGCUAAUCACAAUCCAUGCCCCUUGUGAGUAGCUAGUAGGUGCCAGACUCUGUACUUGGCACUUUACAUUCAUGUUUUAACCCUCACAUCAACCCUCUCUUGUAGUAUACCUGUUUUACGGACGAAGAACCUCAGACUCCGUGUGCCCAGGGGCACACGAGCUGGGCAGAAGAAGAACGAGGACUUGAAUCGAGCUAGUGUGACUUCGAUGCCGGUGCCCUUCCCCCCAGUAAGAGGCUAACCAGGCAGGGGAAAGGAAGAAGCUAACAGUGUCAGGAGCAGGUGGCCAAGGGCUUCCUCGUGGUGUGGGCACCAGUAGCUGCUCCCACACCCACCACGCCUCCAACCCAUCACAGCUUGCACCGAAGGCUGCCCUACACCGUGGACAGCUACUCCUCGGCAACGCGGGGAUGCCCAGGGCUCUGGCGGCUGCCACAGGGCCCUGUUUCCUCCUCCUGUGCUGCUGCCCGCUCUGGGGGAUAAAGCUCGUGGAGCCAAGGGAGCUCAGAUGGUCUCACGUGCCAGCCUUGAGGGGCCCUGGUGGCUCAGGGGCCAGCAGCUGCAUCUCCACAGGCAGACGCCUCCCGGCCCUCUCUGCUGCUGCUUCCUGCUCCUCUCUGGCAUUCACAGAGCAAUUUUUCUUUCUUUCUUUCUUUCUUUCUUUCUUUCUUUCUUUCUUUCUUUCUUU